AUGAAGGUGGCCUUCAGAUUGCUUCUCCCGCUUGUUCUUGUGCUGAUCUCGGAGGUAAACGGGCAGCGGAGGAAGCCUCCCCGGAAACCCACCCGCCCGCCUCCAGAGUUUGUUGAACCCGUCGAGCCCACAGAGCUGCCCCCACCCCUGCCGCCGGGUCCCCCCUCCAUCUUCCCUGACUGCCCCCGGGAAUGCUACUGCCCCCCGGACUUCCCUUCUGCCCUCUACUGUGACAGCCGCAACCUGCGGAAGGUCCCCAUCAUCCCAUCCCGCAUCCACUACCUCUACCUCCAGAACAGCAUCCGGAAGGUGGACAGGCGGGUCCUGGAGAAAUUGGAAAACCUCAUCUUCCUCUACAUGGAGAAGAACCAGCUGAAGGAGGUGCCUGCCUUCCUGCCGCCCAACCUGGAGCAGCUGCGUCUGAGCAGGAACCAGAUCUCCAAGAUCCCCGCUGGGGUUUUCAACAAGCUGGAGAACCUAGUGCUCUUGGAUCUGCACCACAACAAGCUAAGCGAUGGGGUCUUCAACAAAAACACCUUCAAGGGACUCAAGAACCUCAUGCAACUCAACCUUGCCCACAACAUCCUGAGGAAAAUGCCCCCCGGGGUGCCCAGUGCCAUCCACCAGCUCUUCCUGGACAGGAACAACAUCGAGGACAUCCCCAGUGACUACUUCAAGGAGUUCCCCAACCUGGCAUUCAUCCGGCUCAACUACAACCAGAUCUCUGACAAGGGGCUCCCCAAGAACUCCUUCAACCUCACCAACUUGCUGGUGUUGCACUUGGCCCACAACAAGCUCACCAACGUCCCCUUCAUCAGCCCCAAGCUGGAGCACCUCUACCUGAACAACAACUCCAUCGAAAAAAUCAACGGGACGCAGAUCUGCCCCACCUCGCUGAUGUCCAUCCAGGAUUUCUCCCCCUCUGACCUGGACAGCGUGCCCCGGCUCCGGUACCUACGGCUGGACGGGAACCUCCUGAAACCCCCCAUCCCCUUGGACCUGAUGAUGUGUUUCCGCCUCCUGCAGUCUGUGGUUUUCUAGCCCUGCGUGCCUUUCCCAGGACUGGGCUUUGCACAGAGACUUGACCCCCUGUCGGUGUUUGACACGUGGGACCCUCUUUGCCUCCCUCUGCCCCCGCUUCAUCCUUGCCUUUCCCCGUU